AUGGAGAUGUUUGCUAUCUCUGUCAUGGCUUUUGAUCGUUUGAUUGCAAUCUCUAGUCCACUGAGGUAUCAAAGUAUCCUCACCAAUGUUCUCUUGACCAGGCUAGGUGUGGUGCUGACCUUGGAAGAGCGUCAUGGCUUGAUGAUCGGGGCUAUUCUCGGGCCCUCUCUUGUUAAUCCCUUUGUAUACUGUUUUAGAACCAAAGAGAUCAAAAACAAAAUGUUGAAGAUGUUUAACAAAGUUGCGCCCACUGAAUAA